UUCUUCACGUACCCAUAUUAUAUACUUCAGGGUUCUGGACAGUGGACAGCACAGUAGUACUGGAAAGCAAAGCAAAACCCCUCAAACUCUCACCGGGGAGUUAUUGGUUGCUGUAUCAUUAAGGCAAUAUGAAAGCUUGCUGUGGCGCCGCGGUUAUGGGUUCUGUUCAGCAACCUGUUUCGAAAAAAGGGUCUGCUUUUCCUCUGAAAGGCUCUGGAAUGUGUUUGAAUCCUGAUAGAGUUAGGGUUUUUUCUGUGCGGGCCUGUAGAGCGACCCAACUUGAAGGAAGUUUGGCCACUGGGAGGUCGAGCUCUUCCAUUUCAGUGCAGGAAAUUGGAGGUGCUGGUAGCAGCUUCCUGGACUAUGAUUUAAGCGAAGCUGAUCCUGAAGUCCGGUCUAUUAUCAACAAAGAGAAAGAUCGUCAAUUUAGAAGCUUAGAGCUCAUUGCCUCAGAGAAUUUCACAUCACGAGCAGUGAUGGAAGCAGUUGGCUCUUGCCUCACAAACAAAUAUUCUGAAGGACUUCCUGGCAAAAGGUACUAUGGUGGGAAUGAAUACAUUGAUGAGCUAGAGAUUCUUUGUCAAGAAAGGGCAUUGGCAGCAUUUAACUUAGAUGGAAGCAAAUGGGGUGUAAAUGUUCAGCCAUUGUCUGGUUCUCCAGCAAAUUUUGAAGUUUAUACUGCCAUUCUUAAUCCACAUGAUCGAAUAAUGGGACUGGACUUGCCUCAUGGGGGGCACUUGUCCCAUGGAUUCAUGACUCCCAAGAGACGGGUUUCUGGGACAUCUAUUUAUUUUGAAUCUAUGCCUUAUCGACUGGAUGAAUCAACAGGCAUUGUUGACUAUGACAUGCUUGAGAAAACUGCUACACUCUUUAGGCCUAAACUUAUUAUUGCUGGUGCUAGUGCUUAUCCUAGAGAUUUUGAUUAUCCUCGAAUGAGAAAGAUAGCAGAUGCUGUUGGUGCUUUUCUAAUGAUGGAUAUGGCUCAUAUCAGUGGGCUUGUUGCUGCCUCUGUGGUUGCUAACCCUUUUGAGUACUGUGACAUUGUUACAACAACUACCCACAAGUCUUUGAGAGGACCUAGGGGCGGUAUGAUAUUUUUCAAGAAGGAUCCUGUUCUCGGAGUUGAUCUAGAAACUGCCAUUAAUAAUGCUGUUUUUCCUGGUUUACAGGGUGGUCCACAUAAUCACACUAUUGGGGGUUUAGCCGUCUGCCUGAAGUAUGCAAAGUCACCUGAAUUUAAGGCCUACCAGAAUAAGGUAGUUUCCAAUUGUAGAGCUCUUGCACGCCGGUUAGUGGAGUUGGGAUACAAACUGGUAUCAGGCGGAAGUGACAAUCAUUUGGUUCUUGUGGAUCUGAGACCCAUGGGUAUUGAUGGUGCUAGAGUGGAGAAAAUCCUUGACAUGGCAUCGAUCACACUCAAUAAGAAUUCUGUACCCGGUGAUAAAAGUGCGCUAGUCCCUGGUGGCAUCCGUAUCGGGGCACCAGCCAUGACCACCAGAGGUUUCACCGAGAAUGAAUUCAUGGCAGUUGCAGACUUCAUUCACGAGGGAGUGCAAAUCACUCUCGAAUCCAAGAAAUUGGUGUCGGGUCCCAAGCUCCAAGAUUUCAUGAAAUUUGUUACGUACCCAGACUUUCCUUUGACGGAUCAAGUUGCAGGUCUGCGCACAAGAGUUGAAGCUGUGACAACACAGUACCCAUUGCCUGGGCUGUAAGCAAUAUAAUGCAAGACACAAAUUAGCGAGUGAAAAUGUAAUAUGAACGCAGCAUCUCUUUUAAAUCCUCAAAACUGAGUUGAGAAAGAUGCACAGUUUUGAACAUUCUGAUUUCUGAAUUUGGAACUUCAUAUCAUAUAUGAUAAAGCUUGAGAAACCAAUAUCUAUGCUUUAUACCUUUUGCUUCAA